UAUAAAUAAAUAAAUAAUAAAAGAGUAGCUAGAAGCAGAGGCGAGGGGGAACGGAGGUGUAAAUACAAAGCGAUAGCGCUCUAUUUCUCUCUCUCUCUCUCUCUCUCUCUCUCUCUCUCUCUCUCUCUCUCUCUCUCUCUCUCUCUCUCUCUCUCUCUCUCUCUCUCACACACUCUCUCUGCGUUUUUAUGAAAUGAACAACUGAAGAGGGCAACAUAUACAGGGGACGCGCAUCCGCGCCGGGAACGAGCUUUCGUCGUAUCUAACUCAUUCCACGUUACAUGUUUAUACGCGCUUGUAAAUAUUUGCCCGCUACUGCAACUGUAGAUCGGGAGCUGCGCGUGACAUCCCGAGACUGUCUCACGCACUUCGGAGGACCAGUCGCUGACUUGCCGCCUCUUCUGAUCAACGGGUCGCCGUCGACGAUGACAACUUUAGCGAACGGACAGGCGGACGCCGCGGUGCACGUAGCGGCUGGCGCGAACGGGCUCGUGAACGGAAUAAGCCACGGUCACGGCGCGCCGGGCUGCGCCACCAUUCCCAUGAAGGACCAUGACGCCAUCAAGCUGUUCGUCGGCCAGAUCCCGCGCAACCUGGACGAGAAGGACCUGCGGCCGCUCUUCGAGGAGUUCGGCAAGAUCUACGAGCUCACCGUGCUGAAGGACCGAUUCACGGGCAUGCACAAAGGCUGUGCCUUUCUCACAUACUGUGCCAGAGAGUCAGCGCUGAAAGCCCAGACGGCCCUGCAUGAGCAGAAGACAUUGCCAGGGAUGAACAGACCAAUCCAGGUGAAACCUGCCGACAGCGAGAGCAGAGGAGAAGACAGAAAGCUGUUCGUGGGCAUGCUGAACAAACAGCAGUGCGAGGACGACGUGCGGCGCUUGUUCGAGGCCUUCGGCAGCAUCGAGGAGUGCACCAUUCUCCGAGGCCCUGACGGAAAUAGCAAAGGCUGUGCGUUUGUGAAGUACUCCUCUCAUGCAGAAGCUCAGGCGGCCAUCAGCGCACUCCACGGCAGCCAAACCAUGCCUGGUGCCUCUUCCAGUCUGGUUGUGAAGUUUGCAGACACAGAUAAAGAACGCACCAUUCGGCGCAUGCAGCAGAUGGCUGGUCAGAUGGGCAUCUUCAAUCCUAUGGCCCUGCAGUUUGGAGCGUAUGGAGCCUACGCACAGGUGCAGCAGCAGGCAGCAUUGAUGGCAUCUGUAGGACAGGGAGCGUAUCUCAGUCCUAUGGCUGCGUUCGCGGCAGCUCAGAUGCAGCACAUGGCCACUAUCAAUGGCCUGCCAGGAGCCCCCAUGACCCCUACAUCAGGAGGGAGCACACCCCCUGGCAUUACCGCUCCCACGGUGACCAGCAUCCCCUCUCCAAUCAGUGUUAACGGAUUCACAGGACUGCCCCCACCACAGGCUAACGGCCAGCCUCCCGCCGAGGCCGUGUUCACCAACGGGAUCCACCCGUAUCCAGUGUUGCAGGAGGUGGUUUUUAGGGAAGACUCGGAGAAGGGCGGCUUGGGCGUCGCUCAGCGGAGUUGUUUUGGGGUACAGGGAAGCUGUUUCCUCUCUUCUCUAUCUGAAGCCCAGAGUCCCACAGCAGCUGAUCCUCUUCAGCAGGCAUAUGCGGGAGUCCAGCAAUAUGCAGCAGCCUACCCAGCUGCAUACGGACAGAUCAGCCAGGCCUUCCCUCAGCCCCCUCCUAUAAUCCCCCAGCAGCAGAGAGAAGGGCCGGAAGGCUGUAACCUGUUCAUCUACCACCUCCCUCAGGAGUUUGGGGAUGGCGAGCUGAUGCAGAUGUUCCUGCCUUUCGGUAAUGUCAUCUCCUCCAAAGUGUUUGUGGAUCGGGCGACAAACCAAAGUAAAUGCUUUGGCUUUGUGAGCUUCGAUAACCCAGCCAGUGCCCAGGCUGCCAUCCAAUCCAUGAAUGGCUUCCAGAUCGGCAUGAAGAGACUCAAAGUACAGCUCAAAAGGCCAAAGGAUGCCAACCGCCCCUAUUAGCCCCGCCCCCUGAUGUCCCUCACCCUGGAGGUGAAGGCCACUGUAGCACUGGGGGAACAACAGGUUUUGUAGAGUGGGAACACAUGUUGAUGACAUGACUAACACACAAAAGAGACACAAAAGGACAAGCUCAACGUGGCUGGUGGUGUGGACGUGAGACUGAGGGGACGUGUAUUGGACAUGCGGCGACGCCACAGCGCACGACACAUCCAUCACCUGCUAAAAGCUCAGUGGACCUUUAGGAGCUCGGUGGAAACUCGGGAGAGCCGCCGUGUCCCACAACCAUAUCGGACUCCCUUUCUAAGUCUCCACAGCCUGCCUGAUAGGAACCCUGCUCAUUUAGAACCACCGAAAAAUAUUUAAAAAAAAUCAAUAAAUUUUUAAAAAAGAUUCAAAAGAAGAACAACAGAAAGUGACUCGACAAACAAGGAAAAAGAAAAAGAAAACAUUUUUGAAAAUGCUGAAAAACCUUUAGGGGGAAGGGAUGUUGUGUUAUAAUGGACUGAGAAACUUUUUCCAAAAAAAAAAAAAAAAAAAAAAAAAAUUUUAAAAAAGAAUUUAAAAAAAACAAACUUUUUGGAAGGAUCCGACGCUUCAGGAAACAAGCUUGGUGUGGUUGUGGAUGGCCAUCUUUAUCUCGGAGUGCCUGUCCGUUUCCAGAAGCGAGAGCUGCCACGAAGAACUGCGGCCGCACUCCUCUGGGAGACUUAAUCCGUCAUUCCUUAGUUGUGUAGGGACCAAAAAGACCAAAACUUUUUAAUCAAAAACGAAAAAAAAAACCACGAAAAAAAAAAGAGAGACUCGUAGCUGUAACAUACUCAGACCACUGCAUCUCCUUUGCUGUGCCAAUCGGUUUAAGAGUUGUAUUUACGAAAAAAAAAAAAAAAGAUGUAUAGGUAGAAUAUAUAAGAUUAUAUGUAUAAAUGCAUACAUAUAGAUUGCUGAUAUGCUUUUGAAUACUGGCUAAAUCAUACGAGACGCCCUGACGAGGCUGCUCGCUUCGCUAGUUUACAAAUGGGAAGAAAAAAAAUUCUCUAUUUUUUUUUUCUCUCUCUCUCUCUCUGUCUAUCUCUCUCUCUCUCUCUUCUCAUUUGGGCUGAAGGGUACAUGAGAAGGGUUGUUCCAUAUCGCAGCCUUACCUUUUUUAAUCUCAACAUCCUGACCUUGUAGUUUAAAAAAAAAAAAAAAAAAAAAAAAGAUAUAACAAACCCGUUUCUAUUUAGCGUACAUUUAAUAUGUAUAUGUAUUGCAAAACCUGAAAAAAAAGAUGUAUUCAUAUAUAUAUGCACACCUCCAGCGUAUAUAUGGAUACAUAUGAUAUUAAUCCCCCUCCCCCCCGAUCCUAUAUGUAUUUAUAUGCAUAUAUUUUAUAUGUGUGUAUAUAUAUAUAGAAGCAGCUAUUCAAUAUGUAGAAGUGUAAUUUUUUUGUAGAUUUAAGCUGGAAUUUGAACCACCACUCUGCUUGGAAUUUAACGGGAAGAGACUCAUAUCUGGCAGCUCUCGAACUGCAGGCAUUCCUCUUUCUGAUAACCUUGUAUGCCAACACACACACACACACACACACAUGCACACGGAUGAAGGAGUGUGUGUUUAGAGAUUGAUGUAUAUAUGUGUAUAUGCUACUGAAUAAUGCAAAAAGGCCUCCUCUCAUCAGAGAGUUUUAAGAGAAUCAGGCUUCAAGAGAUUCAGGAUCAUUUCCACAGGAGCUAGGAAGGAACGUUGCGUAAUCUUAGACAUAUCUGCCUCUUGGCCCUUUCGUGUACCUUUGCAAAACCACACACACACACACACACACACACACACACACACACACACACACAUGCGCGCACACAGAGAUACAAACACA